UAUGUUACUAUGUUGGAAAAAUAGAAAUAAUAUGACUAAAGGCUAGCUGGGGAGGAAGAAAGUAAACAAUGAAAAAGCAAAAUGUUCGAACCAUCAGUCUUAUAGUUGCUACAUUGACCUAUCUGCUGAUUGGUGCUGCUAUCUUUGACAAGAUAGAAAGUGAGGAGGAACUAAACCAAUCUGUAGCUUUAAAAGCUGAAGUCCCCAGUGUUGCCCUGGUGGAUUUCUUGUUAAUGGAAGAAGCAGUACUAUUAUAUAAACCUUACAAGGCAGGAAAACCCUGGAAAUUUGCUGGUUCAUUUUACUACGCUACAACAGUGCUCACCUCUAUAGGCUACGGACAUUCCACACCUAAAACACCAGGAGGAAAAAUAUUUACAAUGAUUUACGCAACAAUUGGUAUUCCUCUUGGUCUAGUCAUGUUCAAUUCAAUAGGUGAACGGUUGAAUAAAUUUAGCUCUCUCGUUAUAAAUUCUUUACGAAGAUCCUUCAAAACCAAACAGGAGGAAACUACGGAGGUUGAUUUGAUCCUAGUGGUCAUGUUUCUGUCCGCCAUUAUUAUGGGCACUGGUGCUACAGCAUUCUCGCAUUAUGAGGUGAAGACGACAUGGUUUGGGGAUCUUGUUGCACUACAGCAGGAUAAUGCUCUAGAGGAGAAACCUGAAUAUGUUACUUUUGCCCUCUUCUUUAUCAUGUUUGGUUUGGCUGUUAUUGCAGCUGUACUUAAUCUCAUGGUUCUCAAGUUUAUGACAAUGAACACUGAGGACGAAAAAAGAGAUGAGAUUGAAGCUAUUCAGGCUGCGCGGCAUUCUGUGCGCGUAGAGGGAGAUGUUAUCAUCGGUGAUAUACUUUCUGAUCCAAGGUAUCGUGAGAGUGCGAUGUCAAACGACGGAGAUGAUAUUAGAAGUGUUUGUUCUUGUAACUGUACCUCAUGUAACCCAUUCUUCUCAAAACAAAAACCAGGAGGACGUGUAUCUCCACCAAUAAACUAUUCUGAGUAUCUACCAUCUCCCCCUAGAUCCAGACCCUCUUCAGUUCAUGAUAUGAGAUCUGUAAGAUUGCAUCCGAUCAACUUUAAUGGAGAAACUGAAACAGCUCCUGCCAUAGUUAGAGAUACAUCUGAAUAUCCAUCUUCAUCCAACCCUGCAUACAUGAUCAAUCAACCAGCAUUCUCAAUACAAUACCCGGCCAACCUUGUUCAUCAUCCUCUUCAUCCUCAAUAUGAUCUAGUUCAUCACCCACUGCAUCAGCAGGCUCAUUUGGAUGCUCAGAACCAAAGCCGACCUCAUAUUCUGCACAAUCCUUUGCUAACUUUGCACAAUCCGCCAGAUAGUCAAUCCUUUAGUGAACAUCCACCCAUAACACUAUAUUCUCCGCCCCAACUUUACCAAACCACCUUUUCUACACAUCAGCUCAACAAUAAUCCGCCGCACAUCAUCGCAUAUAGUCACGGAACCAGUGAUUUAGCCAGAUCCCAUCCUCGUAUCAUAACUCCUGAAGGACAUUUUUACUUGUAUUCUUCUACAGAUCCUGUCCUAGAUUGGUCACUCAGAGAGCAGAGCAGCUAUUUAGGACAUAGUCAACAAACUAUAGGACUCAACACUCAAACUUUACAAAGACACUCCAGCUCCAGAAGUAAAGCUGGAUCUGGAGCCAAGAGAGGUUCUGUAAAAUCUAAAUUCAGUAGCAGUCGCCUCUCAAUUUAGUUUAAUUUCACCCCAUUCUAUUCUCUACAUCAGUUUUUACCGCACAACAUAACACCAUCGAAAAGAAACAAUAACAUUUAGAUUACCAUGGAUACGCACAAAAUAGAGCACUUUAAGUUAAUUUUUACUUUUUUACUUUUACUUUAUCAAUUGUUUUCAUACCUUAGCAACUAUUUAGUUCUUUACUUUAUCCAUUGUUUUCAUACCUUAGAAACUAUUUAGUGCAUUACUUUAUCCAUUGUUUUUAUACCUUAGAAACUAUUUAGUGCAUUACUUUAUCCAUUGUUUUCAUACCUUAGAAACUAUUUAGUGCAUUACUUUAUCCAUUGUUUUCAUACCUUAGAAACUAUUUAGUGCAUUACUUUAUCCAUUGUUUUCAUACCUUAGAAACUAUUUAGUGCAUUACUUUAUCCAUUGUUUUCAUACCUUAGAAACUAUUUAGUUCUUUACUUUCUCAAUUGUUUUCAUACCUUAGAAACUAAUGAGUUCUUUACUUUAUCCAUUGUUUUCAUACCUUAGAAACUAUUUAGUUUUUUACUUUCUCAAUUGUUUUCAUACCUUAGAAACUAUUUAGUUCUUUACUUUAUCCAUUGUUUCCAAAUCAAGAAAUGUACAAUGCUCAAAUCACUUGUGUAAAAAAAUCAGUUUUCAAAACAAAACGUGCGUUUGUCAUAAAUAUAAUACCUGAUACAGAUGUGAAUAGAAUAAGCCUCUUUAUUGCAAUGAGGAUCACUCGAAAUUAAGUUUACGGUUUUAUGAAAACGACUUUUAUCAAAUAUGACAAGGAAUUUAGUUUUUGCCACCAAUUAUGAUGUUCUUGUCCAUAUAUCUUUGAAAACCUUUGUCGUAGGGUUCACUUUGAAUAAAACAAGAAUAAGUUUUUUUUAAUAAUAAUGUGUUAAUUUGAGCUAAAAUAUUUCAUUUUUUAAUUAAAAAAGGUUGCCAUUUUUAUUCAGAAAAACUUGUUUCAUUCUCUGAUAAAUAUUCAACGAGGGAAGGAAGGCCAACCACAACAGAUUCCCGUCCAAGCCACAUUCUCCUCAUUUUCUCGUCCGAGCCA